AUGGCGCUGCAGCUUAAGAGCGGGGAUGCCGCGUACUACCAGAGUGCAGAAUACUGCAGAAACUACACUUCGGCGCCUGUCAGCUACGGUGACAGCAGCCAUUAUCUCGCCCGAUUGCCAGGUCCAGAAACCAUGUUGAAGCCUCCUCUGAGUCUCUUCAGCCAUCCUCAGCAGCCUUUCCAACACAUUGACUCGCUACAUCAAUUGGGACCUCCACCAAUGGCACCUGCACAUCCUCUUGGUCCACCACCCAUUGCCCCUGCUCAGUCUAUUGGACCCCCAACUAUGGCUCCCGGCCAGAAUCUAGGCCCCCCUCCCAUAAAUGCACCUCACACAUUAAGGCCUCCCCACAUUACUCCGCCACACACUUUAGGCCCCCCUCCAAUGCCCCCAGCUCAGUCACUGGGGCCUCCACCAAUGGCACAUACUCUGGGGCCCCCACCAGUAGAUCACACACAAGCAAUAGUGCCUCCAACCAUGGACCUCACACAGCAGUUGGGGCCUCCACAUCUAAACCCCGCACAAGCACUGGUGCCUCCACCUGUAGUGGCACCUACAGCAGGUCGAUUUCCCCUCCCUCCCAGCCCCUUGUCCUCACCUCCUGCUCCUGGUCCUGACCCUUCACAGAUGCCCCCAAGGCCCCCAGGACCAGCCCUCAUCCCAGCCCCAGUGUCCAGCCUCAUCUGCGGUCCACUCCCAGGUCAGGCAGCCCCAGCCAGUGAGCAACCUCAGGAUGAGGGCUCCUCGCUGGGGACAGAGGAGCAGGAGGACUCUCUGGGACUGGAAGAACUGUGUAAACCGCUGUACUGUAAACUCUGCAACGUCACCCUCAACUCCGCUCAGCAGGCACAGGCUCACUACCAGGGAAAGAACCACAGUAAAAAGCUCAGAAAUUUCUACGCUGGCAGUCAACAGCCACCAGCUAUCAGGAUCCCAGAAGCCCUCGAGACCGCAGGCCAGACAGCCCUCAGCUCAGGAUCCAGCGACAAUGACACAGGCAGGCAGGCGCUGUAUAAGGGGGCGCCCCGGGUCAUCUUGGCCACAGAGAAUGACUAUUGUAAAUUGUGCGACGCCUCCUUCAGUUCACCAGCAGUUGCGCAGGCCCACUACCAGGGCAAGAACCAUGCCAAGAAACUGCGGCUGGCUGAGGCCCAACAGAACUCGAGUAACAUGGAAAGCAGCAAUGAGGCAACUCCAAGAAGGAACAGGAAAGACGGCAGUGAGUACCGGCUGGUGAAAAACCGUCGCAGCCCACAGGUACCUGCUGCCAUGCCAGGGCCUUACUACAACCCCAGACCGAGGCAGCGCAUCCCCCGGGACUUGGCCAUGUGCGUGACUCCCAGCGGACAGUUCUACUGCUCCAUGUGCAACUGCGGAGCCGAGCAGGAGACGGACUUCAGGCAGCAUUUGGAGAGCAAACAGCACAAAGCAAAAGUGUCGGAGCUAAGAUACCGCCAUGAGAUGGAGAACCUCGGCUACAGCUAAGAGACACAAGAGGCAAAGGAAGACAAAAUGUAGAGAGUACAAGAACACAAGGCAGGAAAAUCAAAAUGCCACCUUGGUUUUGAAGAGCAUAUUUAGUGAUGCGAUUACAUCUUUUUGCACUUAAUUUGAUAUAUGGAUCAAACACAUAAUCUUUCAAUUUGAUAGCAAAUAUAUAAAUAUGCAGUAGGUGGCUGGUUGUGGCUCAGGUGGUCGAUCAGAUUGUCCACGAAGUGCUGGGCUGACAGUUUGAUCCCCAUUUCCUGAUAGACAGGCCAUCUAUUCCUGUCCCAUCUGCUCUGCUACAGGAGGCUAAAAUUGGAUUCUGUUAAUCCUCAUAUUACUCUAGAAAGUCACUUAGUGUAUUUAAUCAGGCUGCAACAUGCAGAGAAAAUAGUUUUUUUUUUUAAAUCUCAAACUUUGAACAAAAAAUCUGUUUUCAGGCACAGAAUCAGAUUACAUUUUUAAGCCAUGACCCUUUCUUACACUUUUUCUGCUCCAGUUCCUCCAAAGCUUUAAGUGGGUUGCAUUCUGACUCAGGGCACCAGUAAAUGCAAAAGAAAUGCAAAGAAAUGUGGAAGGAAGAAAAUCUGUUUUUUAGCAGAAAAGCCAGGAGGAGGGUCGAGAUGCUUCAGCAGAGUAAAAGACGUCCAGAAGG